AUGAUGGAAUCAUUAACAGUAAACGAAAAUACUAUUAAUGAAUUUGAAAUUAAAAAUGAUAUUAUAAUAGAACAACAACAAAUACAAUCUAAAACAUCAAUACCAUUAUUAAAUAUAAAAGAUGGAAAUACUACAACUACAAACACAAUAAAUGAAAUAAAUAAUAAUAAUAAUAAUAUAGAGACAUCAACAAUGUCUAGAAAAUCAUUAAUGACACCAUCAGCAACAUAUGAAUCAUUAAUUAGACAACAAAAAACUAAAGAUUGUAAUUUAACAGUUAAAGUAUUUGAAGCAAGAAAUUUAAUAGAGGCAAGAUUAAGAAAGAGAGAGAUGGUAAAGAAUGGUAAAUCAUUUAAACGUGCACAAAAUUUACUUACAGAGAUAUCAUCACCAAAUUUAAUGACAUUUUCAGAUACAACCGAUCCCUAUUGUACAGUUCAAUUGGAGAAACAAAAACAACGUACACGUACAAUUCCAAAGAAAUUGAAUCCAUUUUGGUGUGAGGAGUUUCAAUUGGAAAUCAGUGAUCCAGCAUCAGCAAAAUUGGUAUUAUCAGUUAUGGAUGAAAAGAAGUAUUCAAACGAUGAGCAUAUAGGUAAAUUGGUGAUACCAAUCAAUACACUAAAGGAUCAAAAAGAGAGGGAGCUUUGGUUUCCUUUAACUCAACCACAGAGUUCGAAAAAAGUACCACAAAUUCAAAUAUUAUUUAACUUUAAACCAAUAUCAUUAACAGAUCCAUCACAACCUGGUCAUAUUCAAUGGAAAGUUUUAUUUGGUAGAAAUUUAUCACACUCAUUGGCAACUCCAUUGCCUUCAAUGUCUGCUGCUUCAAUGGGUGGCUCAACUAGCACUGAAAAUAUUUCAAACGUUUAUACAAAUACAACUCCAUUCAUUAAUUGGUCUGUACGUUCAAAAAAAGGUGAUAUAGUUAUUGACGAAGAAGGUAUUGCUUGGCAAGAUGCCUUAACUAAUGGUAUCACUAGAGAAUUAAAAGAUUCAAUUGAAUGUAUUACUUUUACACUUUGGAGAUAUGAACCAAAAACUUUUUCAGAUGAUGGUGAUAUUAGUGGUUUAAAAUCACCAAGAGGCACAAAUUCAAGUGCCAGUGGUAGUGGUUUCAUACCAUCAACCCCACCACCAUCAUCACAUCAAAAAUCUAAUGAUACUACCGCUACAACAACACCAUCAUCAACACCAUCAACACCAAUUUCACCAUCAUCACAAUCAAAUAAUAUUAAAACACCAGAUUCAAAGACAAGAUCAUCAUCAAAUGCAUCAACUAAUACACCACAAACAACACCAAAAUCAACUGGUACAUCAGGUGGACCAGCACCACCUGAAACAAUCAAUUUAAGUUCAUCUAUUAAUAGUACAAGUUCUUUAAUUAGUAAUGGUAGUAUAAAUGUAAUAGAUUCAUCAAAUAAUCUUCAUCAUCAUCAUAAUAAUGGUACAAAUAUUAUGAAUCCAUUAAAAGAUGGUUAUGAACAAUAUUUCAUUGGUCAAGGUAUUGUAUUAGCAUCUCAUAUUGAUAUAGAGAAACCAAAUGAUCAAUGGUUAUGUCUUUAUCCAAAACAAACAUUAGAUAAUAAAUUUGGUGAUAUUAGAUUAAAAUUAAAAUAUAGUGAAGAAGUAGUUUUACCAUUACAAAGUUAUCAACCAUUAUUGGAACUCUUACAACAAGAGAACCUUUAUACCAUUACAUUGUUAGGAAAGGUUACAAAACAUCGUGAAUCAGUAUCAAACAAUUUAAUUAGAGUAUUUGAAAAAACUGGAAAAUGUCUAUACCUUUUAAAAUCUUUAACCGAUCAUGAAAUUGAUUCAACCAAUAAUCCAGACAUUAUUUUCCGUGGUAAUUCACUUGCAACCAAGAGUGUAGACCUUUUCAUGAAAUUAAUUGGUAUACCAUAUCUCUCUCAAACCAUUGGACCAUUGAUUAAAAAGAUUUACUCAUCAAAAAAGUCUUGUGAAAUUGAUCCAACCAAAUUGGAGAAGGGUGAGGAUAUUAAAAAGAAUUGUAAGAAUCUUUUAAGUUGGGUUAAAAAGAUGACUACUGCUAUCCUCUCUAGUGUAAAUAAUUGUCCUGGCCCAUUGAGAGAGGUAUUCAAAUCCAUUCAAGAUAAAGUGGUUCAACGUUAUCCAAAGGAUGAAAUCACACGUUAUACAGCCGUAAGUGGUUUCAUUUUCCUUCGUUUCUUUUGUCCUGCAAUUUUAGCUCCAAAACUUUUCGAUCUAAUGCCAGAUCAUCCAGGCAUUAAAACUACUCGUUCUCUCAUUCUUAUUGCAAAAACCUUACAAAAUUUGGCAAAUCAAGUAGAAUUUGGUGAAUACAAAGAAGACUUUAUGAAAGAUAUGAAUCGUUUCGUAAUUGAUAAUAUGGAAAAUAUGAAAUCAUUCAUUAAUACUCUUUCAACAGUUCCUGCUGAUUGUCCACCUGGUGCUUUACAAUCACCAAUCAUACUGGAAAAAGAAUUGGCUUGUCUAUAUCGUCAUUUAAUUAAACAACGUCAAGAUAUGGCUGAAGAAAUGGAGUCAACUGAAUCUGAACCAAAAACUCAACAAGAAAAAGAUUCUUUUGGAAAAUUAAUUAAAAUUUUAAAUUCUUUAGAUGAAGAUGUUCAACUUGCAAGUAAUUAA